AUCAGGGGAGCCCGGGUGGACUAAAAACGUUGGUCACGCCUUAAAAGUAGGCGUUCUCCUCGCAUUGAAACGGCAAGGUUGUCUGACCAUAGUGUAGACCUAUAUCAGUAAAGAGGUCGUAGUUGGAGGCCUGAAGAUGCUUCUGUCUCCCAUCCGUUGUAUCAUCCUUCUUCUCCUUGUGAACUUCGUCUAUUCUGGACGAGUUCUGAGGAAGAUCAAGGAGCACGUGCGUAAAAUCCAGUAUGAGAAAGCGAAGAAGAAUGUGCUGAUGAGCGCAGUCAACGGGCAUAAACCCAUGAGCCAAGUGAGAGACGGGAAAAUUCACCAACCCCUGAACCACUUCGACAGUCAAAACGAUGAAACAUUUCCUCAGAGGUUUUUCGUGAAUGAAGCCUAUUGGGAGCGUCCUCAUGGCCCAGUGUUCCUGUUCAUCGGAGGGGAGGGCCCCAUCUCUGAGUUCAAUGUGCUGGCAGGCCACCAUGUGGACAUGGCUGAGGAGCACGGGGCCCUGCUUGUGGCCCUGGAGCAUCGUUUCUAUGGCGAGAGCAUCAACGAAGAUGGCCUGGAGACUGAGAACCUGGGAGACCUGUCCAGCCAGCAGGCUCUUGCCGACGUCGCAGAAUUCCAUCAAUACAUCAGCGAUCGCUUUGACCUCUCUGACAAGAAUACCUGGAUCAGCUUUGGAGGUUCCUAUGCUGGGGCCUUGUCUGCCUGGCUCAGGGGAAAGUUCCCUCACCUGGUCUACGGUGUUGUGGCCUCCUCUGCUCCUGUCAAAGCCAAACUGGACUUCUCCACCUUCAACAAAGUGGUGGGUCUGAGCCUUGCGGUCGAGGACGUUGGAGGUUCAGAUAAGUGUGUGGGGGACAUCUGGGAGGCCUUUGCUGCCGUGGAGGCCGCCCUGUUUGCAGGGAAUGCCACUGAGGUGGGGAAGGACUUUGGGUGCUGUGAGAUCCCUGAGGAUCUGGAGGACCAGAUCGAGCUCAUGCAGAGCCUGGCCGACAUCGUCAUGGGAACCGUGGAGUACAACGAGGAGGGGGGAAUCCUGACUAUUGAGGAGAUAUGUAAAAUAAUGACCAAUGAGACAGAGAGCUACGAUUCGGAGACUGAGGCAUACGACCGGCUGAUCAAGCUGGUGCAGAUCUACCGGGCCACAGGCGAGGAGCCCUGUCUGGAUGCGUCCCACAAGCAGACCAUCAAGGACCUGAGUGACACCAAUCUGGACUCAGCCUACAAUGGAGAGAGACAGUGGUACUACCAGACCUGCACCGAGUUUGGCUUCUUCCAGACGUGUGAGGACGCCAGCUGUCCCUUCUCCCGCAUGUUGACCCUGCAGGCUCAGACUGACCUGUGUCCUGAGGUGUUCAACAUCCCCCAGCACAGUCUGCCCGGACACAUCGCCUUCACCAAUAAGUACUAUGGAGGAGACCACCCCGACACUGACAGGGUGCUCUAUGUCAAUGGUGACAUUGACCCCUGGCGUGAGCUCAGCGUUCUGGAAGAGGACUUGGACAAGGAGGACAAAGACAUGGCCAUCCUCAUCAAGGGCACCUCCCACUGUGCCGACAUGAACCCCGGCGGCGCUGCAGACCGCCCCGCCCUGAAGCAGGCCCGCAAAGCCAUUGAGAGGAAAGUUGCCAAGUGGCUGAAGGAAGCUGCCUGGAAGCUUGGGGGCUGAUGGACCCAACGACAGGUCACCUGAUCAUCUGACCGUCCUGACCAUCACUCAGCCAAUCAAGCUUUGGGCAGUGAUUCGCAUGCUGCUGUGGACUGAGCCCCUCUCUUCAUGUUUCUCCCCAUGGGUCAGGUCCUCUAAGGUGGUGUUCUUCUGUUUUUUUUUCUAACAUUCUUCUAGUGUUUUUCCUAUGGUUUUUCCUCACGUUUUUCCUGGUGUUUUCCUCACGUUUUUCCUGGUGUUUUCCUCACGUUUUUCUAGCGUUCUUCUAGUUUUUACGUUUGUGGUUUUCUAACAUUUGUUUUUUCUAACGUUUGUUUUUUCUAACGUUUUAGUGUUUUUCCUAACGUUUUCUAACGUUUUAGUGUUUUUCCUAACGUUUUUCUAACGUUUUAGUGUUUUUCCUAACGUUUUUCUAACGUUUGUGUUUUUCCUAACGUUUUUCUAACGUUUUAGUGUUUUUCCUAACGUUUUUCUAACGUUUUAGUGUUUUUCUAACGUUUUUCUAGUGGUUUUCCUAACGUUUAUCUAACGUUUUUCUAGUGUUUUUCCUAACGUUUAUCUAACGUUUUUCUAGUGAUUUUUCUAGUGUUUUUCUCCUGUUUUUCUAGUGCUUUUCUCCUGUUUUUCUAGUGUUUUUCUCCUGUUUUUCUCCUGUUUUUCUAGCGUGCUUGAAUUUACUCCAGUAUAUAAGUUAGAGAUUUAUAUUUUAAUAGACAGUUUUAGUCAUUUUGGGAAACACUUAUAAUGCUGUACACAGUAUUUAAGUUUCCUAACUACGUACUAGUAGCGUAUAGCUAACCAGAGAGUCUCAGUAUAAGACGACUUUAACAUUAUGGAGUGUUCUAAGGUUUACAGAAUGUUCACACAUGCAUUUUCCUUUGUCUGGAUUCAGUGAAGUUAUCUCAGAUAAUACAUUAUCUGAAUGUGUUUGAUAAAUCUUUGUAGCUUGUGUGGAUCUUUUAUAGGAGGAGUUCAUUUUGAUUUAAUCCUGCGAGUUGGAAAAGUAUCAUCAAUAAAAGUUUGCUGAUAA